AUGAGCGAGUCAGCAAAAGAGACCCAAAGCUUAAAGUUGAAGAUCCAGUUCAGUGGAGGUGCCGAGUUGCUCUUUGGUAAUCAAAAGCAGAUAUCAGUAUGUAUACCGUCUGAUAGCACGAGUCCACCGACCGUCAAGGAAUUAUUGGUGCAUUUGAAGCUUCAUCAUCUGAAGGAACGACCAGAGUUGUUUGUGCAAGGAGACACGGUGCGGCCUGGUAUCCUAGUGCUAAUCAAUGGUGCCGAUUGGGAAAUAAUGGGGGGACUAGAGUAUGUUCUCAAUGAUGGGGAUGAAGUAGUCUUCAUAUCUACGUUGCAUGGAGGAUAG